UCAAUAUUACUAAUACUACUAAUACUUCGUCACUUUAUUCUCAAAACGCCACGCCACGCCACGCCACACACUUGGAAGAAAAAUCCACUCACAACAAGAUAAUCUGCAUCUUCUUUUCCUUCUCUUUUCCUCUCUUUUGAAUCCAUAGAUGUUUUUUUUACUCCUCAUGGAAGGACACCAAAAAUAAGUUUCAACGAAAGUCUCCUCCAGCCACUGUAGUUAUUCAAACAAAAACACACUCAGAAUCACCCUUUCUAUAAUUUUUUCUUUUCAAGUUCAUAGCACACGAGACGAUGUUGUUAUGUUUUGCUUUUUCACCCUUUAAAGCCCUUUCCUCUUUAUUCCGAUACCAUCUUUCUCUCCCAAUUUCAUCCUUCCCUCACUCAAACAGUGACCCCUUCACAUUUUAAAUACUUUCUUUCCAUUUUUUUACAUCCUUUUGAUGCCUUUUUGGCAGAUUUCUGCACACAUAACCUUUCCUCAAUCUUCUCAAUCACACAUCCCGUAUUGUGUUCUCAUACCUAACAAACAGUCAUGGAACAACAAAACAGCAUCCUAUGCAAAUACACUGAACACCAGACCGUCAUGAAAAAACACAUGAAAUCCAAAGAUAACACUUUCUGUUCACCUAAAGUCAUCUCCAUAUCCUUAAUCGAUCCAUACGCCACAGACUCAUCCAGCGACGAAGAGAAUGUUAUGCGCCGGAGGCGCGUGAAGCGCUACGUCAACAGAAUCGAACUUCAGCCGGCGUUCAAACCCGUCACUACAAGAAAGAGACACGCCGGAGACGCCGCCACUCUCCGGAAGCCACCGGCGAAGGUGACAAAUUCCUGCAGGAAAUUCCGCGGCGUGAGGCAGCGGCCGUGGGGUAAAUGGGCGGCUGAAAUAAGGGAUCCCGUGCAGCGAGUGAGAAUCUGGCUCGGAACCUUCAAAACCGCCGAGGAGGCCGCCUUGUGCUAUGACAAUGCGGCGAUCACGCUCCGCGGCCCCGACGCGCUAACGAACUUCGGGAGGUCGCGGCCGGAGGAAACGCCGGAAAAAGAAGAGAUGGUUGAAAAGGAAGAAUUCACAUCCGGGAAGCCGGAAAUGAAAGUCGUCGUGAAACCAGAGACCCAAGUUUCAGUUUCGGUCUCCGGCUGCUACGACUCGGGCGACGAGUGUUGUCUCAACCUAUCGUCGCCCACUUCGGUUCUCCAGUUCAGUGCUGAACCGUAUAAACCGGACGAGCCGUUUCCCGGUUCAACCGAAACUCGCACUGUGGUGGAAGAGUGCCAUGGCGAGACGGUGUCGUUUAGCGACAGUAGUGAGUGUAUUUUAAAAGACAUGCCGUGGGAUGAUGUGUUUAAUUUUCCGGUUAUGUUUGACGAGCCGCUGUCGCACUUGUUUGAUGAAACGACGCCGUUUUCGAUUAGUGACGGUUUCGGUGAUGAAAAGUUUUUGCCGUCAUCAACGUUGUGCCAAGUGGACGAUUAUUUCCAAGACAUCUUGUUAGGGUCAGAUCCUCUCGUGGUUCUGUGAGUGAAGGCAAAUUUUUGUUCCAGUUAAUAUUUUAAUAAUUUUGUUUAAAUAUUAGUUUGUUUUUUAUUAUUUAUAUGGUCGAGAAAUUCGUGUAACGAAGGGAGCGGGGGUUGAACGAAGUUUUGUUUAGAUUCUAUUUUAUGUUUCCUUUGCCUAAUAAUCAGGGUUGUUGAGAGUGUAAUAUAUUGUGUCUAGUAUCAAUCCAAGUGUAUGAAGUUCUUUUUAGCUCUUUU